AUGCCAGCCAAACGGCCCGGUCCAGCCUCGCACCAGGCGGCGUCAAAGAAACGCAAGCCGAAUAAGAAGACGUGGUACGCUGUCAAGUUCGGCCUCCACCCAGGCGUGUAUGAGACACGGGAAGAAUGUUCAAACAAUACCGAGGGGGAAUCCAGGGCUACAUACUGCUCCCAAGACCCUCUACUAACAGAAUCUCGUUGUGUAGACAAGUCGUUCACUUCCAAAGAAGACGCGGAGGCGUUCGUUGCAGAGCCUAACCCGACUUGGUUCUAUGCUGUAGCUGGCGGAAAUUUCAGAGGCAUUUUCCUCGACUACGACGAAUUCACCAGAGCCAUCACACGGGCCAAGAAUCCCUCGUUCAAGAAGUUCGAUAAACUCGACAAGGCGGUCGAAUUUAUGAAGAAGUUUAGUGACAAAGCGACCAAUGCCGACAUCAAGGUCCAGAUGAAAUUGGGGUUUUUAUCGGACGAACUUGAUUUGGACCCAGACUUGCUUCAUGCAUACACUGAUGGCAGUUGUCUGCAUAAUGGCACAGUGGAUGCUGUAGCAGGCGUAGGCCUUUUUUUGCCACCAGAUGAUCCCAGAAACGUUUCCGAGCCUCUCGAAGGCGAAUUGCAAACGAAUCAACGUGCCGAGCUUACUGCCAUUCUGCGUGCGUUGGAGAAGACUGAUGUCACGGAAGGAUUGCAGAUCCUAAGUGACAGCAAGUAUUCCAUCAACUGUGCGGUGGUAUGGGUGGAGCAGUGGGAAAGUGACGGUUGGAAGAACAGCGAGGGAGCAUACAUCAAGAAUAAGGAUUUGGUUCAGGCAAUCCGCAAAAGAAUGCUCGAGCGCCAAGCCGCAAGCACGCAGACCAGAUACACCUGGGUCAGGGGUCACUCUAAAAUCCAAGGCAACGAGGAGGCUGACAAACUUGCGGUGAAUGCUGCGUUGAAGAAGCAAGCCGAAAGAAUCAAGAUGCGGAAUAAGUCAUAG